CCACGCGUUUGGCCCGACUUGCAAUAUACUCUACACGCACACAACCCUUAUAGACUCCCCAGGCAGCUUCUGUGGACGUUGAUCACAGCUUCUCCUUGUUUUCCCAUAUCAAGUCCCGUCCGCACCCGGCAGUCGAAUCGGUACCCCUCCGCUGAAGCCACCAUGUCCACGUUCGGAACACAUUUCCGGGUCACCACCUAUGGCGAAUCCCACUGCCUGUCGGUCGGUGCCAUUAUCGACGGCUGCCCGCCUGGUAUGGCGCUCACAGAGGCGGACAUCCAACCCCAGAUGACGCGCCGCCGACCGGGCCAGUCAGCCAUCACCACCCCACGCAAUGAAAAGGACCGGGUUGAGAUACAGUCUGGCACAGAGUUUGGCAUAACAUUAGGCACGCCGAUUGGCAUAAGGGUUAUGAACGAGAACCAGCGCAAGCAAGACUACGGCAACCAGACCAUGGACAAGUACCCGCGACCGAGCCAUGCCGACUGGACGUACCUGGAGAAGUACGGAGUAAAGGCUAGCUCUGGAGGCGGCCGGAGUAGUGCUCGUGAGACUAUUGGACGAGUAGCGGCUGGCGCGAUUGCCGAAAAGUACCUGCGUGAAGCCUACGGUAUCGAAAUUGUUGCAUUCACAAACUCGAUUGGAAACGAGUUCCUAUUCCCCCCUACGCCCGAGCAUCCAACUGCAUCCACAAACCCAGAGUUCCUGAAACUCGUCGACACCAUUACGCGGGAGAAGGUAGAUGGGUACCUACCAGUGCGCUGCCCGAGCGACGAGGUUACCAGGCGCAUGGAAGACUUGAUUGCCAAAUAUAGAGAUGCGCAGGACAGCAUUGGCGGCACAGUGGCCUGUGUCAUCAGGAACUGCCCAACAGGUCUGGGGGAGCCAUGUUUUGACAAGCUCGAGGCCAAGCUGGGGCACGCCAUGCUGUCGAUUCCAGCGACCAAGGGAUUUGAAAUUGGAUCUGGCUUUGGAGGGGCACAGGUGCCCGGGUCGAUCCACAACGACCCAUUCAUCAAGGCGCCCGCAGUGCCCGCGGGGGAGAACCCGUCUGCAAAGGUGUUCCGCUCAAAACCCAAGCUCACCACCAAGACCAACAACUCGGGAGGCAUCCAAGGAGGCAUCAGCAAUGGGGCACCCAUCUACUUUAAUGUGGCAUUCAAGCCUGCGGCGACUAUUGGGCAAGCCCAGUCGACGGUGACAUACGACCAAGAGGACGGGAUACUGGAGGCCAAGGGCAGACACGAUCCGUGUGUGGUGCCCCGUGCCGUACCCAUUGUAGAGAGCAUGGCGGCAUUGGUGAUCAUGGAUGCAGUGUUGGCUCAACAGGCGCGACAGGGCGCUCGGAGCCUGCUGCCGGUGAUCAAGGGUGUGGUGCCGGUCCCGACGCAGGGCGGGGGUGACGAGUAGGCGUGGCAGAGGGGCGGCUGCAUGUACUCUAGACAGGAGUUUUGGGCGUUGAGAUUACCAAUCGAAGGCAUUACAUCGACCGUGUGCGGGUGCGGAUGCGGAUGCAGCUGGGGCUGGGGCUGGGGCUGGACGUAGCGGUGCACGCAACCACGGUAAUGGGUGGGCAGGCUAGCUAGCGGCCGCGACGUCUCAGUCUAGGGCGGGUGGAGGGCAGCUAGGCGGCUGCGAUUGUAGAGGUUGGGAUGGAGUCGGAGUCG